AUGUCUCAACCAAAUACUCUUCAUACCCAAAUCUUUUCUCAUGAAUCACGUGGUCGUCGUUCCCACCCCUAUGUAGCCAUCCAAGCUGUUGGAAGCUGGAAGUAUCUCUCUGUUCAAGGAACCACUCUGCCAUGGGAAUCGGGAGCCAAGAUCGUAAAGUGUGAUGCUGCCAAGAUUGACCUUCAAGAAAAGUUCCAGUUGCACGAGACUGACAAUGUCCACAUUGCCCUCGAAGACAGCAGACGUAACUUUAUCAGUGUCAAUCCAAGCGGUGCUGCUUCGGGAUCUGGCAACAUCCAAUCAUGGGAAAGAUUCAAGCUCAUCCCUGUCAAUGGCAUUAACAAUGCUAUCAACGACUACUACAUCUUGACUGUACAUGGUACUUACUUGGCAGAAGCUGGAGGUGCUCUCACUGUCACUGCUCAACCAACAACUGUAUUUAGAAUCCUUGACCUUUAA